CUUCCGCUCCUGCCGUCAGGACGCCACCUCCGAGCCUACCCCUCCCGCUGCCAUGCACCCCGCGGCCUUCCCGCUUCCUGUUGUUGUGGCUACCGUGCUGUGGGGAGCAGCCCCUAUCCGAGGGCUCAUUCGAGCGACCUCGGAGCACAAUGCCAGCAUGGACUUUGCAGACCUCCCAGCUCUGUUUGGAGCCGCCCUGAGCGAGGAGGGACUCCAGGGGUUCCUUGUGGAGGCCCACCCAGAAAAUGCCUGCAGCCCCAUUGCACCCCCACCCUCCGCCCCAGUCAAUGGCUCAGUCUUUAUCGCACUGCUUCGAAGAUUUGACUGCAACUUUGACCUCAAGGUCCUGAAUGCUCAGAAGGCUGGCUAUGGGGCAGCUGUGGUCCACAACGUCAACUCCAAUGAGCUGCUGAACAUGGUGUGGAACAGUGAGGAAAUCCAACAGCAGAUCUGGAUCCCAUCUGUGUUUAUUGGAGAGAGAAGUGCAGAGUACCUCCGAGCCCUCUUUGUCUAUGAGAAGGGGGCCCGGGUGCUUCUGGUUCCAGACAGUAGCUUCCCCUUGGGCUAUUACCUCAUUCCUUUCACUGGGAUUGUAGGACUGCUGGUUUUGGCCAUGGGAGCAGUACUGAUAGUUCGUUGCAUCCAGCACCGGAAAAGACUCCAGCGGAAUCGACUUACCAAAGAGCAGCUGAAACAGAUUCCUACGCAUGACUAUCAAAAAGGAGAUCAGUAUGAUGUCUGUGCAAUCUGUCUGGAUGAGUAUGAGGACGGGGACAAGCUGAGAGUGCUUCCCUGUGCACAUGCUUACCACAGUCGCUGUGUGGACCCCUGGCUCACUCAGACGCGGAAGACCUGCCCUAUUUGCAAACAGCCUGUCCAUCGGGGGCCUGCGGAUGAGGAGCAGGAAGAAACUCAAGGGCAAGAGGAAGGUGAUGAAGGGGAGCCGAGGGACCAACCUGCCUCAGAAUGGACCCCGCUCCUGGGCUCUAGCCCUACUGUUCCCACCUCCUUUGGAUCCCUAGCCCCAGCCCCCCCAGUCUUUCCUGGGCCUUCCACAGAUCCCCCACCUUCUCCUUCAUCUGCUGCCCUGGCCUGAUACUCCCAAACUGGUCACCUCUAGUGACCUAUUUGCACACUGUUAUCCAGUCUAAUAAGCUGAGGGAUAGGGGACAUUUCCACUCCAGAUUCUUGAGCCUCUUUCUGUUGAGGAGCUGGGAGCCAUAGGGACAUGGUCUUCACUUCUUGGGUUAAUAAAACUUUGUUUGUUUUUUUUUUUC